GACACUUGACAGUUGACUUAAAAUUUAAAAUACACGUGAAUUUAAAUGUUAUGGUUCUGAAUCUUUAUGUUACGCGCAGUUUUAAUCAUUACUUUGUAUUGAAAUAUGGCAGACGAUGCCAUUUUUGAUAAGAAAAAGUCACAUCGUGCUAAACAUGCUGGUCGAAAAGCGGAAAAGAAGAAAAAGAAAAAUCAAGUCGAUCAAUCUAACCUAAGUGCGCGGCAGAGAAAUCCAAAAGCUUUCGCUAUUCAAUCUGUUGUUCGCGCUGAACGACAAUUUCGCAGGAAAGAGGAUGUCAUCGCUAAGAAGCAACAUAUUCCGCAGGUGGAUAAAACUCCACUAGAGCCGCCACCGAUUAUCGUUGCAGUCGUAGGGCCACCUCGAGUGGGAAAAACCACACUAAUAAACAACUUGAUCAAAAGUUUCAUUAAAACUAACGUAACCAGCACUAAAGGUCCUAUUACUAUCGUCACAUCGAAGAAACGUCGGAUUACAUUGAUCGAAUGUAAUAAUGACGUAAAUUCAAUGAUAGAUAUCGCAAAAUGUGCAGACCUGGUGCUUCUACUGUGUGAUGCGAGCUUUGGCUUUGAAAUGGAAAUAUUCGAGUUCCUCAACAUUUGUCAAGUGCAUGGUAUGCCUAAAAUCAUGGGUGUGUUGACUCACUUAGAUAUGAUAAAGAAUGCGAAGAAAUUAAAAAUGACCAAGAAAACACUGAAGCACAGGUUUUGGACAGAAGUAUAUUCAGGAGCAAAGCUCUUUUACUUAUCAGGUAUUAUUCACGGAGAGUAUUUGAGGAAUGAGAUAAAGAAUUUAGCAAGAUUUAUAUCAGUUAUGAAGUUUAGAGCGCUCAGUUGGAGAACAACCCAUGCUUACAUGUUGGCAGAUAGAAUGGAAGAUAUAACCAACCAAGAGAAUAUAAGAAAAGAUCCAAAAGUUAGUAGAGAUGUUGUUCUGUAUGGAUAUGUGAGAGGUGUGCCAUUGAUGAAGGAGUCCACGGUACACAUAGCAGGUGUUGGUGACAUGAAAAUAAAUGAACUAUCAUAUCUACCAGACCCAUGUCCUUUGCCGAGUAGUGAAAAGAAGAGGCACCUCAUGGAGAGAGAAAGACAAAUAUAUGCACCAUUCUCUGGCGUUGGAGGCAUAGUAUAUGAUAAAGAUGCUGUCUACAUUGAACUUAAAGGAUCUCAUUCUCAUAAAGCAGAAGAUGAAGAAACCAAUGAAAAGAAAGCACUGUUGAAAAAUGUUGUAGAGACAAAAGAAACUGUAGAUGAACAAAUGCAAGAGUCUGGCUUUAAAUUAUUUAGUGGUGGUGCUGUUAUAUAUCCAAGUAUGUUGAAGGACGAUGAAUACUUACAACAAGAUAGAAAUGAUGAGGGAAGUUCUGAUGACUCAGAGGCAGGAAGCGAUAGUGAUUCUGACAAUGAUAGUGGUAUUGACCAAAGUGAAAAAGAAGUGAGUGCAAAAUUACCUUGGGAAAACAAGUCAGAUUCAGAAGGUGAUGAUAAUGAUAUGGAUACAGAAGAAAGAAAUGAUGGCAAAGAACAAGAAGGGAAUGAUAGCAAUGAUGAAGAUGAAGAGUCUGAAAAUGAGGAAGAUUUUGGUUCAAAGUGGAAAGAAAAACUUGGUGAAAAGGCUACAAUGGCUUAUUUUGAGCGGCAGAAAACUUCAAAAAAUAUAAUGAAACUUGUGUAUGGCGAGUUUGAAGUCGGUAACAAAACCAAGGCACAGAAUCAAGAAGUGUCGGAAGAUGAGAGUGAAGAAGAAAUUGGUGGUCUGUUCAAAAAAGUUACGAGUUCUCAAAAGACAAAGCAAAAGCACAAAGACCAAUUAGAUAUUGAUGAAUGUUCUUUCUUCUAUGCAUUAGAUAAACCAACUAUAAGAGAUUGGACUACUGAACCUAAUAAACAAGCAUUGAUUAAUAGUUUUGUUACUGGGAAAAGAUCUGCAGAUGAAGAUGCAGAAGAGCUUCUUAAAUUAGAUGACGCUAGUGAUGGUGAAGACGAUAUGUAUGGAGACUUUGAGGAUUUAGAAACUGGUGAAAAGCAUGAAGCUAAGGAAACUGAAGAUGAUACUGUAGAACCAGGAUCCAAACGAAAAGGUGAACCAACAAAAUCUGAAAUUCUUGAUAAGAAACUUAAAUUGAAAGCCAAAUUUGAUGCAGAAUAUGAUAACCCUGAUGAUCACAGAAUAAAAGGUGAUCAUUCGUAUUACGAAAACCUCAAAGCUGAAGCUUUAAAACAAUCGGAAUUAAACAAGUCAGUUUUUGAAAAUCUAGAUGAGGGUUUGAGGGUUGAGGUUGAAGGGUUCAGACCAGGAUUGUAUGUUCGGAUGUUGUUUAAAAAUAUGCCAUCAGAAUUUGUUACCAAUUUUGACGAGAGCUAUCCAAUACUUAUUGGUGCUUUAAAUAUGGCAGAACAAAACAUAGGUUUUGUUUCAUGCAAAGUUAAAAAGCACAGAUGGUACAAAAAGAUUCUAAAAACGAAUGAUCCAUUGAUCAUUUCGUUGGGCUGGCGAAGGUUCCAAACAUUGCCUAUUUAUUCUAAGAUCGAAGAUGAUCUUAAGUGCAGGUAUUUGAAAUAUACACCAGAACAUGUGACGUGUAAUAUGCACUUCUAUGGACCAAUCACACCGCAAAAUACAGGUUUCCUUGCUCUGCAAACAGUCACUAAUAGUACAAAUGAAAUAAAGCAAUUAGGCUUUAGAAUAGCAGCUACUGGAAGUGUGAAUGAAAUCAACAAGUCUACUCAAAUUAUGAAGAAACUCAAAUUGGUUGGAACACCUCUUAAGAUAUACAAAAAGACUGCAUUCAUUAAAGAUAUGUUCACAAGUACACUCGAAGUAGCUAAAUUUGAAGGAGCUAGAAUAAAGACAGUAUCUGGUAUUAGGGGACAGAUAAAAAAAGCCCUGAACAAACCAGAAGGUGCGUUCCGUGCGACGUUUGAAGACAAAAUACAAAUGAGCGAUAUAAUUUUCUGUCGAACGUGGUUCAAAGUGGAUGUAACUAAAUUUUACGCCCCAGUAGUUAAUCUAUUACUGCCUAUAGGAAAUAAAAACGCUUGGCAAGGAAUGAAGACGAAAGGACAACUGAAACGCGAAAAGAACAUAAAGAGCGAGGCAAACACGGACUCAAUGUAUACAGAGAUCGUCAGACAGCCUAAAGUGUUCAAACCGUUGGUCAUUCCCAAGAAUUUACAGAAAGGACUACCUUAUAGAUUUAAACCCAAGCUUAAACAAAAUAAGAUAUCGACAAAGAAUACUAAAGAGAACUUCGGAGAGAGGAUAGCAGUAAUCAAGAGCCCGUAUGAACAAAAAGUAUCCAAUGUUAUGAAAAUGAUUCGAACUAAUUAUGAAAAGAAGAAGAGCGAUCAAAGGGUGGCGACCAAGGAAAGAAUAAGUAAGUUCAAGAAGCAGAAAGAGGAAGAAGAAUGGCGGAAAAUAAAGCGACAGAAGGAGUUGAAGAAGAAAAUUUGUAGGAAUUUAAGCAAAACAUCGAGUAAAAAGAAACCACAAAUGUAAUUUUUGUUAAUAAACGAUUGUUACUUUAAUAUUC